CAUUUCAUGUGUUGUGUUAAGCCUGAGUCUGUUGCCAACAGUCGAUGUUUAAACGAUCCUAUGAAAUUGGAAGAUUGCUGGCGUGGAGAUUUGGCAUGCAAAUCAGAAGGAGAUGCGAUAUCCUCAUGUUAUUCAUUGAUAGGUUCAGUUGCACUAAGAACAUGUCUCUGGAUAAUAGGAGUUUGUGCUUUAAUUGGGAAUCUUACCGUCAUGUUUUACCGACUAUUUAUAGACACAGAUAAUCUUUCAAUGAGUUAUUCGCUUUUUGUAUUGAAUUUGAGUUUAUCAGAUUGUCUCAUGGGUGUCUACAUGAUUAUAAUAGGCGUUGUUGACGUCUUCUAUAACGGUGUGUAUGCAUGGAACAACCAAAAAUGGAGAAGUAGUACUCUAUGUACCACAGCUGGAGUGUUAUCCAGUAUAUCCAGUGAAAUGUCCACAUUCCUUAUUCUACUGGUGACGAUAGAUCGAGUCAUUGUCAUUAUGUAUCCAAUGUGCCGUCUUUCUCAACAGAACAUCUCAUGGAAACAGGCAUCCGUUGUCUCGGUGUGUCUGUGGCUAGUUUCCAUCACACUUGCAAUCAUCCCUGUUAUUGCCAUGCAGUCCUACUUCAAGGGGGGGAUAUUACUCUCAGUCAGGUGUAUGUCUCGCUUUACCAUUGACAGGCAUCGAACAACCAGGGCUGAAUAUUCUUUUGCGGUGUUUGUUUGUCUCAACUGUUUCAUUUUUCUUGCUAUAGCCAUAGGGCAAAUCUGCAUGUUUAAAAGCCUCAUUUCAAGUACUGGGCGUCGUAUGGCCUCGUCACAGUCUCGUCAACGGGAUAUAUCUGUAGCAAGAACUCUUUUCAUGGUGGUGGCGACCGACUUCUGCUGUUGGUUUCCGAUCGGUGUCAUGGGUGUGAUAUCAAAAUUUGGAUAUCAGAUGCCGGGAAGCGUUUAUGCCUGGGUUAUGGUAUUUGUUUUGCCAAUCAAUGCAGCCAUCAAUCCGUUCUUGUACACGGCCUCAGCUAUUUUGAGGAAGCGACAAAGCGACAAAGUUCCAAGCAGCAACAUUUGUAAAAUUACGACAAACGAAAUGUCUCGAGAUUCCAUUUAUUAGUUGACUUCACACAUACCAAGGCGAAAACAGAUAGCAUUGGCGAUCUCCCCAUCACCCCGAAAUCGAAAGAUGAGAUAUUCGGUUGUAACUUUCUUUGUAAGCUG